GUGGGAGCCCGUAGUAAGUGCGGGCCCGUAGUAAGUGGGGCCCCGUAGUAAGUGGGGACCCGUAGUAAGUGGGGACCCGUAGUAAGUGGGGACCCGUAGUAAGUGGGGGCUCGUAGUAAGUGGGGGCUCGUAGUAAGUGGGGGCCCGUAGUAAGUGGGAGCCCGUAGUAAGUAGGGCCGGUGAGGCCUAGCGACGGCUGGAGACAGUGCCUAUUCGUCCAUACACCUUUUUCAAAAUACGUUGUCAGCGCAAAUGGUAAUUUCCAUUUGUCAAUAACAGUUGCUAUCGAAAAUACCAAGAGACUAGUCCAUUUUUUUCACUUGAUGCUGGAAAUAUAGAUACCCAAUUCGAUUAGUAUACUUGUCUUCUUCAUUCAUACAAUAUUUUAUACUGAAACAGAGAAUGGUCUUAGAACUAUAAUUUGCCGUUUGAACUGACAACAUUCAUUGGAAUAGGUUUAUCUCAAUCUCUUAAGGCUGAUUCAGUCGUAGAGUGUAAAUCAACCUAUGUCUCCGCUACGAUGCGCGACAACGAACGUCGUAGUGUGUUAUUCAGUGCUAAGACAUGUCGUAGACAGAUCGCAUUCGACUAAAUCUUGCUGUCCAAAUCGGCCUUUACGCAACGGUCGAUGUAUAAGACAUGCGUUUUCAGGUUGUGAGGAUACAGGCUACGUAUGUUCAUAUUGGAAGUGGCGGGGCUGGUGCGAACGCUCUUCAGAUUACGCCGUCAACAGUUGCACUAAAACAUGUGGAUUCUGCCCUACCCUUGCCCCACCAACAGCGCACAGAACAACGGCAACAUCAGGCGCAACAGCAAAGGGGAGCGGGACGCCUACAUCGACUAAACAACCUAGCUCAAGUAGGCCCUUUAAAUCAACUAAGCCAACAAAAUCGACUAAACCAACUAAGUCAACCAAAGCAACUAAAUCGACUAAACCAACUAAGUCGACUAAACCAACUAAGCCGACUAAACCAACUAAGUCGACUAAACCAACUAAAUCGACUAAACCCACUAAAUCUAAACCAACAGCACCAACUUCGUUGCCGGACCAGCGACCAAAUUGCCGUCUUCCCAGCAUGCCUCUGAACCCCGAUGUCUUCAUGGACAUGGUGCUCUCCGGUCACGUGAUCAACACGUGGACAGUGAUCUCAGAGAUCCAAUGUGAGGACUAUUGCCUUCGUUCGCCAAAGUGUGUGGCAUUUAACUACCAUGAUGUCAAUGGGCGACACUUCAAGUGCGAGUUACUGGAUAUCGUGAAGAGUUAUGGGAAAGCCUCGGGUUCUCGCUUUAGAUUAUUCGACAGGACAAGAUCCAUCAAGAGUAUCCUUGGAACUUGCAGAAUGGAAAUAUGAGAAGGCCGCUGUCACAAACUCUAGAAUAGUGCCACCAUGCGUAUCAAGUGCGGGGUCUGGCUAGAGAUGUGGAUCUGAUGUUGGGAACUCCGCAAAACCCUUCGAAACGGAAGAUUCAAGAGGAACAAGUCAGAUCGUUUGGCUAAAACAUUAUCUGACCGUAGCGAAUCUGGGGGCUGCGCCUAGGGAAAGUGUUACGUGCAACAAAUGCCAUAAACAAUGUUCCUUUUGGGUGAAUGCUCCCAGAACCAACUUAGCUGUCUCUUAUCGGUGCCCGGGAAGCGAUAGAUGUAGAGUCUCUGCUUUAUUGGGCCUUCGGUGCACCAAAAUAUGAAAAAUGAACCCAGGA